CAUGAACCAGGAAGUAAACAACGGUAAACAAAGGGAGACCAACAUAGGCGAAUUCUAUCAUUUGAACCGUUAGGUGUAUUCUGUUGUUUUGUCAUUCAAAAUGAAGUUAUUUUGUGUUAUCGUUUGUUGUAUUGUUUGCGUUAAAGCUUCUAAGAAUGUGUUUCAAUAUGAAAUGGAAAAGGCAGAUGAUAGCAUUGAUAUUUAUCGACACAAGUCAUCAUCGUUCCCCGAACAGCAACGGGUUCCUAAACUUACGUCUUUUGUGUGGAAAGACUGUGGUGGCAAGUCAGCCUUGGUGAAUAUCAAGUCAUUGUCAAUCUCCCCCGACCCCCUCUCCUUUCCGGGCACGCUAAAUGUUGCAGCUGAUUUCUUGGUGAAGAAAGCGCUUGUGAAACCAUUAAAGGCGGACUUGACAUUGUACCGAAAGGUUUUGGGUCGUUAUAUCCGCCUCCCGUGCAUUGACGACUUCGGCUCAUGCACGUACGACGACGUGUGUUCCCUCCUACAGCAAGUCCAACAGUGCCCCAAACCCCUCACCGAUCUUGGACUCAAUUGUCAGUGCCCCAUAAAAGCGAAAGGGUAUAGCCUGCAGAAAACAGGGUUCGACAUCGGCGCGUCUAUCAUACCGGAAGGAGACUACCGCGUGCUUGCCAACGUGACCUUGAACGGCGCCGAGGCUACCUGUCUUGACCUUACCCUGAGUAUACAAUAACAGACGCGGCAGGGGAAGGCGACCGCUAGACGGGACCACGGGACCAACAACACAGAAUCAGACUUGCAGUGAAUAGACUAUAUCUCAUUUAGAUUGAGCUGUGUGUAAUUUCACAAGUCGUAAUUUAAAUUAUAUCAUUAAUCCAUAAUUCUUGACUUGUGUGCAUGAAAAAACCGUGUAACUCCGGGUGAACUUAUAUGUGUCUGCUACUUUUUAUAUGAUUAUAUUGUAUAUUUUUUAUAUUAUAUUUUAUUAUUAUAAUCAAUUUGUCAUGAAACCAUAUAUGUACCUGGAUGGAUCUGAAUACAACAGAUUAUGCAUUUAUUUACAAUAAUCUCAAAGAUAUCACGGACGAAAUAGCUGGAUACAUUACAGCCCCUGAAAAUGUUGAAAAUUAUGUUCAUAAUGAUUAGUCAAGUAAUAGGUUAAUGCGUGCAUUUAUAUAUCUUGUGUAUACAUGAGUAUUCGUAUGUUUCAAUUAUUAUGCAAAAGCAAUGAACUAUGCUGAUUUCACUCUGUAUUAUUAUUAUCAUUUAGCUAUUCCGAAAACAACAUGUAUCCUAUAAAUGUCAGGUAUUUUCUUUCCAGACUAGCUAACUAUCCAGUUCUCAUAGCAUAGGGAAACAAAUCUUAGUAAGAAUUAGCUAGCUAUACAGUUCUCAUAGCAUAGGGAAACAAAUCUUAGUAAGAAUUAGCUAGCUAUACAGUUCUCAUAGCAUAGGGAAACAAAUCUUAGUAAGAACUAGCUAGCUAUACAGUUCUCAUAGCAUAGGGAAACAAAUCUUAGUAAGAAUUAGCUAGCUAUACAGUUCUCAUAGCAUAGGGAAACAAAUCUUAGUAAGAAUUAGCUAGCUAUACAGUUCUCAUAGCAUAGGGAAACAAAUCUUAGUAAGAACUAGCUAGCUAUACAGUUCUCAUAGCAUAGGGAAACAAAUCUUAGUAAGAAUUAGCUAGCUAUACAGUUCUCAUAGCAUAGGGAAACAAAUCUUAGUAAGAAUUAGCUAGCUAUACAGUUCUCAUAGCAUAGGGAAACAAAUCUUAGUAAGAACUAGCUAGCUAUACAGUUCUCAUAGCAUAGGGAAACAAAUCUUAGUAAGAAUUAGCUAGCUAUACAGUUCUCAUAGCAUAGGGAAACAAAUCUUAGUAAGAACUAGCUAGCUAUACAGUUCUCAUAGCAUAGGGAAACAAAUCUUAGUAAGAAUUAGCUAGCUAUACAGUUCUCAUAGCAUAGGGAAACAAAUCUUAGUAAGAACUAGCUAACUAUCCUGUUCUCAUAGUGUACAAAAUAAAAUCUUAUCUUUGAACUGUAUUGUAUGAAUCGAAUUGGUUUUGCAGUUGGUCAGAAAGGGAAAGAGGUAAAAAAACAUGUUUAAGGUUAAUCAAUAUCAAAAUUAAAUACAAAUGUAUCUUAUUUUGUCAGAUGAUUUGUUUUUCGUUGCUGUUGCUUAAAUCUUAUGUUCUUAAAUGUUUACUCAUAUGAUGAAACAAAAGCAUUAAAAAUCAAUCAUUUACCAAUUAAUACAUGUGUGGGUACCUUGAACAUAAAGUUUUAUUUACAUAACAGCAAGAAGGCCAUGGCCCAUGUGGACAAAUAAUAUAUUCAGUAUUUACAGUUGAAUGCAUAUACAAAAACAAUAUUACCAAUAUUAACUGUCAGUACACAAAGAGAAUAUACAUCGAGCAAUAAAGCAUAAUACUCAAGUUCGUUCUUUCUAUACUGUAUAAUGAUUUGUGAAAUGACUUAAUAAAAGUGAUAUUUACAUUG